AUGGCUUCUGUCAAGGCACGACCGCAGCUCAAGCAAUACGGAAAGAGUACUACGAAAAAGCCAACGUCGACGCGACCGUCCCGGCAGCCAUCAGAAACCAGUCGCGCCCCUCUCUCGCGAUCGGCAUCUGACGUCCCAGCUGCGACCAAAGCCGACGAGUACGACCCUUGGUCUUUCCCGGCUGACGACUCGCCCACGCGCGUUCCUUUCAACGGCAAAAAGAAGAUUGAGCCGCGAGCUGGCAAUGGCGCCACACAAGUGCCCAUUGAGCGCAAAAGGAAAAUCGCCCAGGUCUACCCAGCUAAUAACCAGGGCCAUGAACCGACCAGCAAAGACGCUUCUCCUGCACCGCCCAAGCCGAAACAGCGCUCGCGGGUGCCCUCGCCUACUGACAAUGCGGCAGCUCCCAAAACAAAAACGUACGGCAGGUCGCGACAGAUUCGCUCGCUUUCGGCGGAAAUGGCUGUAGAUGGCGCCGACGGUAUCCUGUCUAGUCCGCCCCCAACACCAAAGGAUGGAAAGUCAAAUGGAAAGAGCGUAUCAAAGAAGGAGGAGCUUCCAUUUUCGCCAAAUACCAUGAAUUUAUUUGGCAAUCUCAACGUUGGCGACGCAAAAGCUCGACAGCAACAUAUUCCAGUUCGGCCCAGACCCAAGCCCUCCAACACGGCUCCGAACGCCGUACGAAGGAUCGAGCCACCCAGGCAGCAUGGACCUUCUACCUCAAUGUCUAUUCAACCGGCCAAGAAGCCUCGAAAGAAGCUAAUUGAUGCGCUGGUUGAGCAAAUGGACGACUCGGAUGAUGCCAUGGAAGAGGAAAAAGCUGGCAGUCAGGGAACACAAGUGAGCUGGGCCGAGACUGUCGAAACAUUCGCACCGCCAAUGGAGAGUCAAAGUUCCUUCAUCUCGCCAAGCCAGACCUCGGGGUCUCGAAGAACUUUUGGUUCUGCUGCGCCCAGGACAUUUGCCCGCGCGGGUAGCUCGGGUAGCUCGCUCAAGCGAACGUACGGAUCCUCAAAUGUUACCAUGCUGGAAGAAGACAAUAUCCUCGAGUCAUUGGUCAUGCCUGAUGAACCAACCUUCUCUGCUCGUAGGCGCCUAGAGUUGACGCCCAAGAAACUGUCGAGACCCAGUGUUGAGCCGGAAGAUGAGCCCAACCCCAGUACGACGCCCCGCAAGAUUAGGGACAUUCAUGAACUGCGGCAGGCAGGAGCAAAUAGCCGAGUUGCGGAUGAAAUGUUUGAUUUGUCGUCUCGUCUGGGACAGCCAUCUGCGAAGCCAUCUUCUCAGCGCAGAGCAGCGCUUUUGGAUGUUGCUGAUCAAGCAAAGAACAAGGACUUUAGAUACCGGUUGCGUGAUCAUGGUCUGGAUACCAUGAUUCUCCAAAAGAUUGGAGAGGAGACUGAUCCCAUCUCUGGUUAUCUCAUUGCGGCUUUCCUCAUCCAAAUUCUCGCCAGCUCUGCAGCACCGCACAUUACCCAAACACUGCAAACUGAGGAUGCUGGUCAUCUUUUCGGGAGGCUUAUGCAACUGGACGAAGAUAUAAAGAGGCUCGUCCGAGAUCGCAAGAGUAACUUGUCCAAGCGUCACCAAGGGUUAUUGCUCGCCGUCCAAUCGACGCUCUUGGAAUUGCCCAUCUGGCAGCCGGUCAAACCCGUGUCCAUCACCCCGAGGACGAUAGCCUUGAAGUGUCUGGAUAUGAUUGUUGCUCAAGAUGCCCAUCUGGGUAAUGACGAUGCCUUGUUCCCGCCGGCAGUCACUGAAGGACUGUUUAGCGCCCUAUCGAGCGCCUCGGAGCCAGAUUUCUGGGACGCAACAACUAGCAAUGACACUUUUGAUGUGUCUUGUACCUUGUCUGUUCUAGAGUUCCACGCAGUCAAGGCAAUGGAGGCUCAGAAUAGUGAGCAGCUGACUGCCAAAUAUCUACCGUCUGUCGCAGAUGCCUUUGGUGCUGCCCUGCAGAAUCCCACAGCCCAUGGUGAUUUGCAGAGUCUGCUUCUCAAGCUGGUGCUUAACAUGACUAAUUCAAGCAUCACGGCACCGGACAUUUUCAUAGCAAGAGAUCUGAUCCUGCCUCUAUCGACAUCCAUCUGCACAGGCUUCAAGCAGGCUUCAUCAGUCGUUGCCGGUGGCGAGGAAUGGACCGAAGAACUUCUCAAUGGGCUCGUCCUCAGGCUUGGUAUUCUUAUCAAUUUUGCAGAACAGAGCGAGCCUGUCAAGGCGGCAGUCCACCAAUGUCAAAACCCUGAAGGUGGCUCUCCAAUCAAGGAAAUGAUUCAAAUAUUCUUGACAAAUCACCGAACAACAGCCGAGGCCGACUCCGAAGCAAAAAGCCAGCUCAAUGUGGCAUUUGGCUACUUGUCUGUACUACUGGGCUACUUGUGCCUUUUCAAGCCCAUUCGCCAAGUCUUUAGAUCAUGUCAAUCGGCGAAAAGCAUGGGCCCCUUGGUCGACUCGAUCCAGGAGUUCAUUUCGCACCACAGAGCAAUGGAGGCGAGCCUUCUCGAUGCGGGCGUAGAAGAUCCGCGUGCCCACGGAGGAUAUACCGAGAGGCUGCAAGGGCUUGUAGACCAACUCGACGCAAGCGCUGCUUACGACUGA